UUUACAGGAGAAUUGAAAAAAGAUAUUUCAUUAUGCAUUGGUAUGAAGGAAAUAUUCCUGAAGCAAUAUCAGAAGCUAAAGGAAAGAAAAAAAUUUUUUUAGUUUAUAUAGAAGGAGAUGAUGAUUUGUCAAAGCAGAUGAAUACCUCGUAUGAUGAUCAAUCUGUAUCACAAAGAUUAAAUGAUAAUGAAUGUAUUGCCGUUAAAAUUCAAGCAAAUAGUGAAGCAUGCAAACAGUUUUCCCAAAUUUAUCCUGUUGUUAUUAUACCGUCUUCAUUUUUUAUUGGAAAUAAUGGAAUUCCUCUGGAAGUUAUAGCAGGAAAUCUUAGUCCUGAACAAUUUCUAUCAAAAAUUGAUAAUGUGAUAGAGAUGCACAAGAAACAAAUAGGCCAAGUUCAGGAAACUUCACCAGCUUCUAAUCCAGUUUCAUCAAAUUCUAACAAUGUUGUUGCAAGUUUGAAUACAGAGACAACUAGCACUUAUUCUCUUGAUACUUAUCAAGUUAGCAGUAUGGAACAAGAAAUUAAGCCAAAUGAUGUGGAAAUGGCAGAUGCAACUAAUUCAACAGAAGAAAAUGAUUUGACCCAAAAUGAUGAAUCAAAUUCUCAUGAAGGUACAGGAGAUGAUCCUGAAUUUACAAGAAAGAUGAAAAGAGCUAGAAAAUUAAUUGAGGAAAAAAAGAUAGAAAGAGAGGAAGAAGAGAAAAAAAAAGAAAAAGAGCAAGAAUUAGAACGUAGAAAGGUUGGUCGAGAGGUGCAAAAAGCACAGAAAGAAAGAGAGAUAAGUGAGUUGAAACAGUGGGCUGAAGAAAGAGCAAAAGAAAAAAAAGAAGAGCAUCUUGCACGAGAAAGAGUUCUUGCCCAAAUUGCUCAAGACAGAGCUGAAAGAGCUGCCAAGUUCCAUCAGAUGAACGAACAGAAAUUGCAAGAGCAGAAAUUAAAACAGCAAGAAAUUGAAGCAAGUAAGAAAGCUGAACAAGAAAGGUUAGCAGCAGAAACUUCAAAAAGAAGCCAAUUUGCAAAUAUCCAGUUCAGAAUAUCGGACGGACCGUCCGUCAUCCAUCGGUUUUCUGCCGACGCCACGUUAAGAGACGUGCAACAGUUUCUCACAGAGAACCUAUCCAAUGAACUUCAAGAACAUCUCGGUAGUAGAGAUUUUACUUUGUCAACUAACUUUCCCAGAAGAGAAUUUAACAGAAACGACUAUUCUCAGACACUAAGAGAUUUACAGCUCUCGCCAUCAGCAACUCUAUUAGUUCUGCCUGUAAAAAUGGUGAGAGCGUCCAGUCCUAGUAAUAAUUACUUUUCUUUCAUCUGGGAUAUUUUGGCCCCAGUGAUGAUGGUUUGGAGUUACAUUGUCAAUUUUUUCUCUCCAUCUACUUCUAACUCGACCACCAGUUCAGAAGAGGGCACGAGGCAACGUAACGUCGACCUGCAAGAUAAAAAAGGAGCAGAAAGUGAAAGGAAACAAGUGAAUCCCAGAAAUAAUUUCUACCAAGAGGGAAACAUCUAUCGCCUUACCAACCGACAGGCAGAUGACGACGAAAAUAACACAUGGAAUGGUAACUCCACACAACAGAUGUAAAGUUUUUCUUAAUGUAAAUUGAGGAAUUUAUUAAUUUUACUGCAUUAUUGGGAAGUAUGCAGUAUAUAUGUUUGUAUACAAUAAGUUUAUUUGGUGUACAUUAUUAUUUGAAUCUUGAAUUUUUAACCAGUCAAUUGGAAUUUAAAUCGAUUUUUCUAGAUGCACGGAAUGAAAUGAAAUGCAUCUCUAGAUGGUUCAUAACAUUGCAUGACAAGGAAGAGAUCGCGUAGCGACCAUAGAACAUUCACAUGUACAGUAAAUCGUAGCCGAGUUUCAAACAAUUAAUCUUCAGUAAUUGUAUUACUUUUCAACACUUCCAAAUGUGAAUGUUAAAUUAUUUUAUUGUAAAAUAAUAGUCACAAAGUAAAAUGCGUAAAAAACAAAUUUGAUUUCUGAAAUUAUACUUACAGCAACAACAACAACAAAUUUCAUUUUAUGUGCUGGAAUUAAUUUAGAAAUUAUAAGGAAAGUUGAAUGGACAAUUCAGUUGGGGGUAUGUUCUGUAAAAUACAAAUGAAAGAAAAUAUUACUUUUACUUCUUUCUCUGUAUUAUUCCAAUAAAUUUUUACUUAUUUUAUACUUGUUUAUUGUCACUGAAGACUUAUUACAUCGGACUUUAGGAAGCAUUUCAAAAUAAAUAUUCUGACAAAAGUUUUUUUCAAAAA